AUGUCAAUUGCAUGUAAGAUCUUCUUGUUUCUCUUAAACGCUUCAUCAGCGUUUGCGUUUCCCAAACCGCCAAUCGCAAGACAACUAUCAACAACAUCAGAGACCACAUCAAACUCAACAACAACGUCUUCUUGCUCACCAACAGGAAAUCCAAUCGACGAUUGCUGGAGAUGCGACCAAAACUGGAAGUCAAACCGCAAAAGCCUCGCGGACUGCGCGGUUGGAUUUGGACGCGACUCAAUCGGCGGUAGAGCAGGAGAGUACUACACGGUAACAGAUUCAGGAGACGACGAUCCUCUAAACCCAUCUCCAGGUACACUACGGUACGCCGCAACACAAGAACAACCACUAUGGAUCAUAUUCGAUCGUGACAUGGUGAUAAAACUUAAAGAAGAUGUUCAAGUCACGUCGUAUAAAACAAUAGACGGGAGAGGAUAUAACGUGCAAAUAGCUUACGGGCCGUGUUUGGCUUUGUAUAAAGUAAGUAACGUGAUCAUAAACAAUGUUUAUAUUCACGAUUGUGUUCCGGCGAAACGGUCGUUGGGAGGUUACUCGGAUGGAGAUGGGAUUUCGAUAUUUGAGUCGAGAGAUGUUUGGAUUGAUCAUUGUACGUUAGAGAAAUGUUACGAUGGGCUUAUUGAUGCGGUGAGUGGAUCGACGGAUAUAACGAUUUCGAAUAAUUACAUGUUGAAUCAUAAUGAGGUCAUGCUUUUGGGUCAUAGUGAUGAGUUUGAAGGUGAUCGAGAUAUGAGGGUUACGAUCGCUUUUAACUAUUUUGGUCAAGGGCUAGUCCAGAGGAUGCCGAGGUGCAGGCAUGGAUAUUUUCACAUAGUGAAUAACAUUUAUAGAGAGUGGGAGAUGUAUGCUAUUGGUGGAAGUGCUAAUCCAACCAUCUUUAGUCAAGGAAAUGUUUUCAUAGCUUCGGAUAAUCAAUUCACAAAGGAGGUUACAAAGCGAGAGAGUGUAGAUGGAGACGAUGAAUGGAAGGAAUGGAAUUGGAAAUCAGAAGGAGAUGAAAUGCUUAAUGGUGCUUUCUUUACACCGUCAGGGAAUGAGGAUUCUCCGAGCUAUGGGAAAAUGUCGAGUAUGGUAGCUCGACCAGCUUCACUUCUCAAGACCACACACCCAUCAGUAGGUGUUCUUAGUUGCCAAAUUGAUCAACUUUGUUGUUAG